AGACACUGAUAUAAUCGCUGAUAGAAGAUAGUGGAUACAGAAUACGUUGACUUAAUUUUGCAAUCCGUCUGUGGAAUAAAUAUGUUAAAUUAAUGAUUUUUUUAGUGAUGGCUGAAAUCAAACUGCAGUUCACAUUACUGAACGAUAUAUAUUCGGUCACUAAAAGUACACAAAGUAUGACCAUAUUCAGGUAUUGUGUUACAAAAUGACGUAUUUAGAACAACGUUAAAACUCAAAAACGUGUUAAUUUAUUAUAAGCGAUAUAAUCGUUCUUGUCGACCGUUCACGUUUACCUGGCCGUAUAACUGUUUUUUCUCCGAUCCUCGGCUGCAUACAAAAAGUGAUGAGAGCUGUUUCCAUUAUUAUUAAGCACAACAAAAAUGAGCGGCAACAAGGCAAAGUGAACGGUGCGACGUUGCCGAUCUGCACGCUCGGCUGACUCGUCACGUGACGUCACGUCUCAAGAUGGCCGACACACCGGUCGCGUCCCCCCGCUUCCACGCCAACCGGAUCCUAUCCAGUCGCUUGGUAGUAGUAAUAAUAAUAAUUUAGAAUGCAGCCGUCAGAAAGGAAACCGACCGAGAAUAGAUGGGAGAGAAUAUACUGAAAUUUAAUGUAUCGGACGUGUCUACGUUAUAUUUUAACGCUAAUUGUUAUUCUACAACACGCUGUUUACUUUCGUUGAAUAACACGGACUAUGAAUAAAGGGUCGUGGCCGUGUCAGUAUGUAUGGCGACUGUGUGAUUCAUUUAUAGGUGGUUCUAAUUAAACUGACGUAAACAGCGGUUGCGUUAUAUAGUUCAUUUAAAGAACUUGAUAAUAAUACCUUGAUUACCAUAUUAAGAUAUGGCUACGUGAAUACGCUUUUGUAAAUAAGCAGUUGCGUUAAAUAUUUAAUUUAAAGAAUUUAAUACCUAUUAAUAGCUUGAUUACUUUAAUUUAUGGCUACGUGAAUACGCUUUUGUAUAUUUCCUAUUAAGUAGGUACCUAAGACUGGCUAGAAAUCUUAAUCUAUGCCAAUAAUAAGUAGGUACUUUAAUAUAGAGUAGGGCACCUACCUACCUUUACUACACCAUUGAACUCUCGAAAAAUUGAGUAGGUAACCUCAUUGCUUUUUUCAAUGCGUAUUUAGACGGGUUCGUCGUUAUCGUGCGAUAAGCGCGUCGUCGGGGUCGGGACGAGUGGCGCAUCCGCGUCGCGGCUAACGGCUCGUCCUCGUCGCGGUGGCGUGGCGGUGCUGCGCGCGCUGACGUCACCGCUCGAUAAUGGCUGCCGCGCCCGGCCCCCCCGCCACACACACGCCGCCGAAGCUCAGUCUUUCCUCGACCUCUUAAAGAAGCUAGUGUCUUUUAUGUAGUGGCAACAAACAACUGUCGUCCGCGAAGUCGAAUGUGAAGUUUUGUGUUUUUAUUUGUGACUACCAUGGUGACAGUGUUUUUUCCCGAAGGCAUAAUAAAUCAGUGACAAUUUUCAAGAGAAACGAAGAAAACCGAUCUCUCGCACUCCGCACUACACCCGGCGGCGAGAUGUCGGUGAUGCAGAAACGGCAACACUGCUACCUCUGCGACUUGCCCCGCAUGCCGUGGGCAAUGUUGCAUGAGUUUUCAGAAGCAGUGUGUCGAGGGUGUGUAAAUUACGAGGGCGCCGAUCGAAUCGAAGUAGUUCUAGAAACAGCUAGACAACUAAAACGCGCUCAUGGUUUCCAAGAAGGUCGUGGUCCGUCGCAUGCAAAAGGAGCACAUCGUACGCCCUUAGAAGCCCAUCAAAAUGGAGCAGAAACAACAAGAGGACAACCUGCACCUCCAGCUCACCAUACACCGACGGUUGGUUUUACGUUACACCAUCCACGACCUACGGCUAGUGCAGGCCUUCUGGCUGAAUAUGGAAGCCGAAGAGACGAACAUGAGGGUAGACGACUAGCCCAUUUACCUACACAUCAUCUUCCGGCACAUGCAGGGGCACGUCUUGCUCCUGGUCUCACUUUAAAACGACCAAUGGAUGAUGAUGACCAUCAGUCGCAUCACGAACCAGCUAAAAGACUUCUAGAAGAACACUCUCGGCCGCCUCUAACCCGUGGUGAUUCACUGCCAGCAGUAUCACUAGCUGCUCCUUUCGCGCCAGAUCGCGUUUUCAAACAAGAGAAACAUCCUCUCCGUACUCCUUCUUUUGAUGGAACUACGUUUAAAACGAAUGCGAUUUUCACAGGAUAUGGGAAUCCCGCACCGCUGACCAAUGGAUCGGCAGGCUCACCCCUCGGUCGCACGGCUGGUUCGCCACCGGUGACAGGCGCUCCUGGCGCUGGACCAUCUCCGAUGGCCGCACUAAUGUCAGUGACUGACACUUUGCCUCCGGGAUCCCCGCGAUCAGCCGGAGGAUCACCACCACAGCCCCAGACGCAACGAUCUGCCAGCCGGUCUAGCCAACACUCGCCAAAUUCUUCAGGGUCGAACGGCGGGCGGCGGUCGUCGGGCUCUCGACACGUGUCGUCGACGACGUCGGUGUCGUCUACGGAGGCCGGUGAAGGCGCCGAAGUGCCCGCAUCCGCAUCCGCACCGUUACUCAAAUGCACCUUGUGCCAGGAACGCUUGGAAGAUACGCAUUUCGUGCAGUGCCCCAGCCAACCGCACCAUAAGUUCUGUUUCCCCUGCUCCCGGGACUCGAUCAAGAGACAGCAGGGAUCCGAGGUGUACUGUCCCAGCGGAGAGAAAUGCCCCCUGGCGAACUCGACGGUCCCGUGGGCAUUCAUGCAGGGUGAAAUUGCUACGAUAAUGGGAGACGAACUGAAACCGAAGAAGGAACGCGAGACUUAGAGCGGCACCUGGUCAGGCCGACUGUAUCUGUUGUCCCUCUCGCUCGCGGGAGGAGAGCCGCGGCACGAGGCCGCCCGGCGGCUCCGCGGCGGAACACCGACGAACGUCUUGUAUAUAACAUUGUAAAUAGUCAACCGUUACUAUAUCGGUUCGCUCGACGAACCUCACGAUCGAUUCGAUUUCACUUCCCGACGAUCGGCGAAAUGCAUCGUGGACUUCGUUUGGUGAUUCUUGUACGCGGCGGGCGUCCGACGACGCUCCCGUUAUGUUUCGAAUGAAGUUCACGUUGGUUUUGGUAGUUUUUCUAUACGUCAUAGGAGUGGAGCACCCGCGCCAUUAACGGGUGGAAUUAUUGAUCUGAAUGAAAAAAAAAACUUUUUUUGGUUUUUCGAGUCGAGGAAUUUAUCCCGAGCGAAAGUUCUUCAGAUGCCAUUUUCUAAGUUACCUUUAGAUUCUGAAACAUCGCUGACUUGGCAUUUAUUUAUGUGAUUCUUGUAUAAUGUACGAGUAUUAUGAUAUAAAGAACAUGACAUGAUUUUCGUAGUUCAGAUGUCUGAUUGUAAAGAUGUAGUUCUUGAAUUUUAGGAGACCCGAAGCUCCGUGCACAGACUAGUUCGAUGUAAAAUUGUAUUUGUAACAAGCGCAAAAGAAACUUAUUUUUUUCUAGAUUGCGAUUUUUUUAGAGUGGUUCGAGUUCCAUUACUGUUCUGCUAUUGGCCCAUCAUUCGGCAUCACGGAAAUUGUUUUAUUCUAAACUAUUUAAAUGAGAUUCGAAAUUGAUCAAAAUUCUAAUUGGCUGGCACAGAGCGACGUCAAAGAAACGUCACCGACGAUUGAGUUGUUUUGUAAAGUUAAGUUAAAAGAGUUAUUUGGGGGUUCAGCGUCGUCCGUGCUCCAAGCUGACGUCUUCUUGUUGAUUAAGUAUAGUGCGGAGACGAGGUUGGAGCGCGCCCGCGCGGGUAGGCUGCAGUAUUAGCGUGAGCGCUUUGUAUGUGUGUGUGGGGAGGCAUACCUAGUCAUUUUGUGAAAUGUCAAAUUGUCAUUACCGCAAAGAGAAGCGGCCGUUAUAGGAACUCUUAAAACUCGCUGCUGUAUUUGUAUAAAGUGAAUUAAUCAAUAUAAUUAUUAUCGAUUUAUAAAUAUGUAUGUAUUUCGUAAUCUUAAACGAUUCGUAGUGCACGUCAAUUUCGAAGGCUAUCAGAUAUCGGCCUUUGUAAUAUUAUGAUUUACGCGAUUUCUUUACGGGGUUCACCGUCUAGAAUCUUCUUAUUGAUGUUGUGUACCUGCCGUGCUUCAUUGAAUCUUCGCUGAAAGACUUAAACAUUUUUCUAAAAUCAAAUUAAAUAACAGCUUAUUUGUCGACUGCGCUUUGUUUAUUGGUUUUCUUAGCUUUAUAUUUAAGUCUAGACAGAAUGUAUGUCUUUAAACAUUGAUUAGAACAUUCAAUUUAAUUGAGAUGUCCGUUAUUUAUUUUAUAUGUUACAUAAUUAUGUACAUAUAUCUGUAAAUAUAAUUUUAUCUACUUGUAAAUAAUUUCUAGAUGAAGAAUGGCGUUGACAGCCAUAUUGCAAUCCACAAGGCGUUUCGAUUCAGUAUUAGUAGCGAACAUUCGAGUUUACGUACCAAACGUGUGUUUUGAUUUUAUUAAAGAUACUCAAAAGUUUAGUGCUUUAUCGGAUAGUACCGUUUGAAAAAAAAACAAUAGUGUCUAUAUAAUAAAUAAAAGAUUUUUUUUUGUAAACUGUCGAAAUUUUGGUUUUGCGUAAUGCAUUUCUCUUUGUAAACCGAUCAGGAAAACUUUCGGUUGGUUGUCAUAUUAUCAUUGUAGAAUACCAUAUGGGAUGUGUGUCAACAACUUUAACACAAAUAAAACGAUAUUCAUUGACUGAUCCCCUCUGGUCUGUAUUAAAUUUAAUUUUUUGUGAGCCUGCAAUGUAUAGCGUACAAAACUUGAGGGUUAAUCAUUGCACUAACAAACGUGUACUUAGUUGUCUUGAUUUAGAUAAAAUUGGCAAUGUAAGAAGAACAGGAUGGAUUGCGAUCUUUGACUUUCAUUCGUUACGUUGACAAUAAUGGCAUCCCAAAAAAAUCGAUUAUCACACUGGUAAUUUUCUUUUUUAACAUUUUAUGCGGUCGUGAAAUUUUAUAUUAACACAAUACUUGAAUUAAUUAGCAGAACAAAUAUUGUUGUCCGUUUAUGUCAAGGUUGACCCGGUAUUUUAAAGUGUGUUUUUUUCCAACCCUUCGCACUCUAGUAUUGUCGAGUCUCCUCGUGAUUUGAGGUCGUAAAACUAGUGGUUACUUAAAGUUGGUUCCCUACAAACCAAAGUAAUGUAUUCACGGAGAUAUCUUUCAAGAAGAGGCAUCUAGAGUGCAAAGGGCUUAUCACUGCGUAUUUUCAGCAGAAAUAUGAACUUAAUAUUGAAAUAUCGAUGGUUUUUUAUCGUAAAGCCUCAUGUUGCUACUUAACGUCGUUUUUCUGAUGGUUUCGAAAUUGAAGUCGAACGUAGUGCUAAAACAAUUGUAAUACUGACGACGCCCAAUUUUGGACGAUCGCCGUUAAUUAAUUUUUUCUCGCCGAUUUUUGGCGCCAAGGGAUAUGCAUGCACAGACGCCUCUGCGUCGUGUAUGUUUUAAUUUUUUGUGGUUUUUAUAUAUAUUAAAUGUACAUAUGAAAUAGAGUGUAAUUUAGUGUGACGUUUUUGAGUCGUAAUUUAACGCGGAACUGUAACAUAGCACGAAAACCUUGCCUUUCAAAUAAGAAUGUGCAUGGACCCGCGCCAUAUUGUGACGUCAUAGCUGUCAAAUCGAAAAAAAUAGAUGGUCAGAAAAACAAUAAUUAGGGAAAUAAUUCACUAAAAAAAACUAUACAAAUAUUUUUGUUGCUGGCCACACUUUUUUAUCGAGCUUUGGCAGAUCAAGGCUAUUGACGCGCACAUUCUUAUUUGGAAAUUAUUGUUUAAUAGAAGGCAUUUUUCGGCUACGGGCGAAUAGACAUGUAAAAAAAAAACAAUCAAAAAAGUUUUUACUUCAUGUGUCUAUUAUCUCGGUUUUUCCAUUACGAAAUAUACAUUUUUAAUGUUUUAUAAUGUACAUUUAAUAUAUGGAAAGCUAUGGUCCGCCUACCGACAGGCUUUUGUAGUUGUCGAUCUCUAUAUGUCGACACGGAACGUUUUGUGACUCGUCUCGUUCUUACCGUAAGCGGAAUGUGAGAUGCCACGACGUAAGACGUAAAAUGUACAUGUUGGUGAAAUACAAUUGAUGUGAUUUUUAUAA